CAUGUGUUACAACCACUGGUGAAAAUAACGUGUGUGCUGUCCUUUGCCAGCUACGUUCUCACAAUAAAAUAAAAAUACAAACUUAAAGCAUUGCCUCGACAAUAGCAUCACAUACAUUGGUUCAACUAAAGUAAACUAAGUUGUAUCAUUGUUUUAAGGAAGUAUUCAUCAUGAACCGAAGAUGAUGCCAACCAUUUAACCUACUGCAAUUUGAUCUGCUCUGUCCUUUCUCACAGAACCCUUAUGUUUGGUCCAGUGCCGUGUAGAUUACCAGGAGGCUUCAAAACGUGCAUCCUCCGACCAGUAGCCAGGGUUUUCACCAGCAGCGCCAGAAUGGCCAAGAGCAAGUUCGAGUACGUCCGUAACUUCGAGGCAGAUGACACCUGUCUGAAAAACUGUUACAUCGUGGUGCGGUUGGAUGGGAGGAACUUCCACAAGUUUGCAGAGCAGCACAACUUCCUGAAGCCCAACGACGACAGAGCUCUGGGUCUGAUGACGCGCAGCGCCAGGUCUGUCAUGGAGGACCUGGAUGACAUCACCAUCUCAUACGGACAGAGUGACGAGUUCAGCUUCGUCUUCAAGAGGACCUCCAACUGGUUCAAGAGAAGAGCCAGUAAGCUGAUGACCCAUGUAGCGUCCCAGUUCUCCUCUUCCUAUGUGUUCUACUGGAGGGACUACUUCGGAGACCAGCCCCUCCUCUACCCCCCGGGGUUUGACGGGCGGGUGGUUCUGUAUCCUAGCAACCGCAACCUCCGAGACUACAUCAGCUGGAGGCAGGCUGACUGUCACGUCAACAACCUGUAUAACACAGUGUUUUGGACAUUGGUGCAGAAAGGUGGACUCACCACUACACAGGCAGAGGACAGGCUAAAGGGAACUUUGGCAGCAGAUAAGAAUGAGAUCAUGUUUUCUGAGUUUGAUAUCAAUUACAACAAGGAGCCUCUGGUCCACAGGAAAGGAACUGCCCUCAUCUGGGAGAAGCUGGAAGAAACAGUGACCAAGAGUGUGAAGCUCCCCAACGAGGCGGAGGAGGAGGUGCUAGUGACACGCACCAGGAGGCGUGUCAGUGCCCACCACUGUGACGUCAUAGGGGACCAGUUCUGGGAGGAACACCCCAACAUUCUAGAAGACGACAACUGCUGAGCUGACGGGGAAACAUAACUUUUCCUAGUGGAGCAGAAAACAGCACAGACACUGGCCCUCUGUGGAUAACGUUGAGUUCGUCGUACUCCCAAAUGCUCCUGCUGUGGGAUGGAGAGGGUUGAGAGCUGUUAUGGACUCUGUAUGGACAGAUACUGUUAAUCACUAACUCUUGAUUGGAACAAACUGUUGGCGGUGGCAGUAAAACAAGGUCUUUCAUAACUCAAAACACCAUCAUGCUCUUUGCUCAUGUACUGUAUUCAAAUAUUUUACUGUGAUUAAAUACGGUCUGUCUUUUUAUGUCUGGAACCAUUAAACCAAGAGAGUACUGUUGAU